GACAGUCUGAGUCCGGAGCAAAUCAACAGCUGACUGCAGGAGGAGCGCGGUGCAGAGAGCUUUAAAUACGUGUCAAGAUGGAAGAAGUACUGGCGCCUUUAAGGGAGGCUGUGAGGGAACAGGGUGACUUGGUGCAUCAGUUGAAGGAAAAGGGCGCCAACGAGCAGGAGCUGAGCAGAGCUGUUUCAGAACUGAAAGCCCGGAAGAAGAUUCUUGAAGCAAAGGAGCUAGCUUUGCAGCCCAAAGAUGACACGGUGGACAGAGUGAAGAUGGAGGAUACCUUAAAGAGGAGAUUCUUCUACGAUCAGGCCUUCGCCAUAUAUGGAGGUGUGAGCGGCCUGUAUGACUUUGGCCCUGUUGGCUGCGCCCUGAAGAACAACAUCCUGCAGGUUUGGAGGCAGCACUUCAUCCAGGAGGAGCAGAUCCUGGAGAUCGACUGCACCAUGCUGACCCCUGAGCCUGUCCUUAAGACGUCGGGACAUGUGGAUAAAUUUGCUGACUACAUGGUGAAAGAUGCCAAGACUGGAGAGUGCUUCCGCGCCGAUCACCUCCUCAAAGCUCACCUGAAAAAACUAAUGUCUGAUGAGAAAUGCUCUCAAGAGAAGGUGACCGAGAUGGAGGACGUAAUAACUCAGAUGGACAACUACACUCAGCAGGAGCUGACGGACCUCUUUGACAAAUACAACGUUAAGUCUCCCUCCACAGGAAACGACCUCACACCUCCCGUCUCCUUCAACCUGAUGUUUCAGACGUCCAUCGGCCCAGGGGGGAACACGCCCGGCUAUCUGAGGCCUGAAACCGCUCAGGGUAUGUUCCUGAACUUCAAACGCUUGCUGGAGUUCAACCAGGGAAAACUUCCCUUCGGUGCCGCUCAGAUUGGAAACUCCUUCAGGAACGAGAUCUCUCCUCGCUCUGGACUCAUUCGCGUCAGAGAGUUCACCAUGGCUGAGAUCGAGCACUUUGUGGACCCAAACGAGAAGAUCCACCCUAAGUUCUCCAACGUGGCAGACCUGGACAUCCUGUUGUUCUCCUCCAAGGCUCAGACCAGCGGCCAGUCUGCACAAAUCAGGAGGCUGGGUGACGCUGUGGAGCAGGGAGUGAUCAACAAUUCAGUGUUGGGUUACUUCAUUGGAAGAAUCUACCUCUAUCUCAUCAAAGCAGGGCUCUCUAAGGAUAAAGUGCGUUUCCGACAGCACAUGGAAAACGAGAUGGCUCACUACGCAUGUGACUGCUGGGACGCCGAGUCCAAAACCUCCUAUGGUUGGAUUGAGAUCGUGGGCUGUGCUGACCGCUCUUGCUAUGACCUCACGUGUCACUCCAGAGCCACCAAGGUGCCUCUCGUGGCUGAAAAGCCCCUGAAAGAACCCAAAGUGGUAAACGUUGUCCAGUUUGAGCCCAAUAAGGGAGCCAUAGGAACCGCCUUCAAGAAAGAUGCCAAGUUGGUUCUGGAGUACCUGGCCGCCUGUGACGAAUGCUACAUCAGUGAUCAGGAGGAGCUCCUCAAUGAAAAGGGGGAGUUCAGUGUUGAGACACAAGGAAGAACAUUUAAGCUGACCAAAGACAUGGUCAGCGUGAAGAGGUUCCAGAAAACUCUGCACGUGGAGGAGUUUGUUCCCAAUGUAAUCGAGCCGUCCUUUGGCAUCGGCAGAAUCAUGUACUCCAUCUUUGAGCACUCGUUCCGCAUCCGACAGGGGGAUGAACAGAGGACGUAUUUCAGCUUCCCUGCCACUGUAGCUCCAUACAAAUGUUCCAUCCUGCCUUUGAGCCAAAACCAGGAGUUCACACCAUUUGUCCAGCAGUUAUCUGAGGCGAUGACUAAAAACGGCGUGUCCUACAAAGUGGACGACUCCUCAGGAUCCAUCGGGAGGCGUUACGCCCGCUCCGACGAGAUCGGAGUGGCGUUUGGCAUCACUGUUGACUUCGACACGGUGAACAAGACGCCUCACACGGCCACGCUGAGAGACCGAGACUCCAUGAGGCAGAUCAGGGCCGAGGUCGCUGAGUUGCCAGGGAUGGUUCGAGAUCUGGCUAACGGCACCUUGACGUGGGCUGAGGUGGAGAAAAAGUACCCCGUCUUUGAAGGACAAGAGACCAGCAAGAAGGAGUAGCCAAACAAGGACUCUACUGCUUUUUUUUUUUACCAAAGUCGUUUUUUUGAAACCGAAAGCUUAUGAAUUAUAUUUUUCUUAGUACACAGCAACAUCUGGAGAUUUGAACGUGUCACAUGGACUGGAGGAAAGCUUCUCCAGUUACAAACAUGCUAGAGGGUUAACACAGUCCUCUGUCAUAUCCAUCCACCAGCAGUAUUAUUGUCACUUGGGCAAAAUCUCCCAAUGAAUGUGUAGCACUGAUACUGUGGAAGCAGGAAACAUAACUACUGCCAGUUAUGGACCUGACUUUUAUUCAUUUCUUUAAUACUGUAUGCAAUUUUUUACCUUUUAUAA